AUGUUGCAGAAGUUUGUACUGCCACCGAUCUUGCAGACCACCAUCAUGCACCACGCGUUCCGCGCUCAAAAAUGUGCCACGCUUCAUGAGCCAGCGAUGUGUUGCCUUCUGUCAGUUAAGGCCUGCCAGAUCUUGCGGACUGCCCGGAGCUGCGAUCUUCAGGUGGAUUCUGCACUCACCAACGCCGGCCUUCUGCCGCUUGUAGCGAGUGGUGCGGACUGGAGUCUCGCUCUGGCGGCCCUUGGUAUCUUCGGCCGGGAGCUUCAGCCAAGUGAGAUCUCGCUGUCUCUCUCCGCACGUGUGGCUUCGUGGCCGGCUGCGAUGCGCCUCGUCCGGUCUGGGAAGGAGAUUUCACUGCGGCCGAACCUUCUCGUGCUGGCAGCCGUGCUGCCAUCGCUGCCUUGCGCCUGGGCGCAGGGCCUUUCGCUGCGAAGGGUUGCAGCUGCGGCGGGCCUCGGCUGGGACAGGGUGGUUGCCAACCUUGUGGCGGCUUCGUGUGCGAAUGCCGGGCGGUGGGCCGUGUCCCUGCACCAGCUGCCUUUGCGCAGGGACGAGGUGUCCGUCGGAAUCGCGGUGGACUGCUGUGGUCAAGGCCGGCUCUGGGGCGGUGCGCUGCGACUUUUGGCCUGGCUGCACGCUGGGCGGCUAGAGACCUCCCAGAGCGCCUUCGGGGCAACGGCGGCGCAGCAGUGGUCGCAGGCGCUUGCUUUGUUGCGGUGGUUGUGGCAAGUCGGAGAUCUCGAAGGUGCUGGCUGUGCCCUGCCGGCGGCCAUUCAGUCUUGCACUUCAACGGCGCCUGGACGGUGGUCCCUGGCAUUGUCUCUCAUCCAUCACCCGACGGACUUGGCGCUCAACGCGGCGGUGGCUGCGG